AACACAUGCAUGAGCACGCGCUGAGCCCUCUAUGCCUUAAAAUGAGCUACCGCUGCUGCCGUCACGUGGUACGGCAGCCAAUCAGAGCGCUCCUGCGAGCCGGGGCAGCAGGUUCAUGUUCCUAGAAACCGAAACGAACACCAUGUUCUCUGCGCGUGCACGCCCAGCUUCAGUUGGUCUGAGAAGCCCGGGUGUGCACGGGAGGGGGGGGGGGUUGUUGUGUCACGUGACAGACAAGUCACAGAGUUCAUGGGCGCGUGUCAGUUUCAGCAGAACCGGGUCUGUUUAGACCCCUGCACGUUACAUAACGGCGGUUUGAAAGGACCAAACCACCUUGCGGGGGCGGGGGACCCACGAAGACCCGGACUUUACCAGACUGGGAACCGGUCCCCAAACCGGAGUCAGACUAAAAAACAGUUCUUGGUAGGUGUGCACGCGCCGCGCGGUGACGCUCUGCCUACUUAAGCGCAGGUCCCGGACGCGGCCAUCCUCCCUCCCCCCGUAAGGGAAUGGAACAGUCCGACACGUAACCCAUUGUUUACAAAUCAAACGGCUUGUUGUUCUGGGCCGCGCGGCGUGCUGAGCGCGAGCACAUGCGGAUCACGGAGCCCGCAGACGCCCGCAGGAUGCCGUGUCGGAAGGAGGAUUUCCUGGUGCUGGAGCGCGCCGUGAACGGCGGCUCCAAGGACGUGGACGCGCUUAUCUCCAGGAUCGGCGAGGCGCUGCAGCUCCACGGCGGCAGUCCGAACACCGUGUCCUGCCUGCGCGGCCUCUCCGCCGGCGCGGGGGGGCUCAAACCGGCGCCCGGCACGGCCGCCUCGAAGCAGCAGAGUCCCGGCUGCUGCGUGCGGCUUCGGGGACAGCGGGGCGGCACGCGGGCCAGCCCCUACCACAUCCCCGCCUCUCACUGCGACGACUGGGACCACGUGAGGCCGUGGAGGAAACAGCGCUUCGACCGGGACCAGGACGAGGCGCGGCGGCUGCAGGAGCUGCUGCUGUCCGGGAACCUGAUCAAGGAGGCCGUGCGGCGGCUGCAGGACUGCGGGGACUUCGGGGCGGCGGACGGCGUGUCCUGCUCCUAACGGAGGACUGACUGGACCCGACCGGUACCCGAGGGGUCCGGUUCUGUCCGUUCUUAUUGACUUUGUUGAGUGUUUAUGUUCGCCCGCGUGUAAGGGGGGGGGUCAUUGUUUACUGAGUGGGGCCCCGGGAGCAUGCGCAGUGGGAGAGCACAUUACCGCGGACGAUGAGUCACCUGAAGCUCCUUCACCUGGUCUCUUUUUUUUCUGCGUUUGCUUGGGGGGGGGGGGGGUCGUCAAUGUGUUUGAAAUUCCAGUCAGGAGUUUGAUCUGUGAUCACGUGACUGCUUCGUACCGGAGCUCUCUGUUCCUGAACUUCAGGGUUUUUGUUUAAAUAAAGUUUUGUAAACAGCU